AAAAGGGUCAGAAUGGCAAAGAAGCAGGUGGGCGUUUGUAUAAAUAGCAGGUGUGUGGGAGUGGGAGUUACACAAGAUUAAAGAGCAGAGAAGUUGAGCUGGUUUAGUAGAAGAAGAAAGAUGGCAGAUGAUAACACAGCAACCUGCAUAGAUAUCCUGGUGGCAAUCCUCUUGCCUCCUCUUGGUGUCUUCCUCAAAUAUGGUUGCCAGACGGAAUUCUGGAUCUGUUUGAUAUUGACGCUGUUCGGCUAUCUGCCUGGAAUCUUAUAUGCAGUCUAUGUCAUCACUAAGUGAUCAUGCUUCUCCAUAUCUUAAACCAGUUGGUCGGAAGGGUAUCAAAAGGGCAUAUGAUGUAAUUUGGUUGCGUAAAACAGGGCGAGCUGCUGGUUGUAUUUGGUGUAUUUCUCUUUUGUUGUUUAGAACUUGAUUUGUUGUACUUAUCUUCAGUGUCAGUCUGAAGGUUCAUGUCCGUAUUUGUUACAAUAUAUUAUUGUUAUGAUCAAUUAGACUUGGGUUUGAUUUGAUUUGUUAUGGAGCCCGGAUUGAUUUAGUGUUAGCUGGGAGAAAAAGACAGAUGAUUAUUUGUGAUUUCCUUUUCUAUUAUUAAAUUCUAUUGGACCAACUUGUUGUUUUGA